AUGGCUACAUCCUUCCAACCCAACGUCCACUACACUUUCGGUUCCCCUCUGUCCCCAACCACCGUCAUGGAUAGUAGACGGGUUUCCGGGAUCCUGGAAAGUGACAAUGUCUCAAGUCGAGUGUACAACUCCGUCGCGUCGCGACGAGGCUCCCGGAAACUGAGUGCUGAACCGUCCAACCUGGCCGACGUUGUCAACUCUCUCCGUCGGCGAAACAGCAAUCAAAUGGAUUCUCUCAUUUCUGCCAAACUGAUCAAUGCAACUCAUUCGACCCUUGUUGAUUGGAUCCGGGCGGAGCGAAUGAGCAAGCUCCCACCGGAGGGAAGCAGCUAUGACCGGGUUUUAGUUUGGGCUUCGCUUUUUGUCGACCGAUUGCAUUCGUUCGAUCUGGCCGUUGAAGAGUUUGCCGGAGACAGUCAUCUCGCGGCCCAGCUUGUCUACGGGUACUGCAUGCUUCUGCUGGAGCUGGGUGAAGAAAACUCUUCCGCCUUGAUGGUCAUGUUUGGCUUCUUCUGCAGCUGCUCUCAGGAGCUGGUCAAUCUCUUGGAUCGGGCCGAACUAUUUGCCGUCUCCCAAGACAUCAAGGACCAGCUGGUUUUGGCUUUGGCUGACCUAGUGACGCUGGUUGUCUGUGUGGCUACACACUUCCACAAGUCUUUAAGAGGUAUCGCGUCAGAGUCUGUAUCUAUCGAUAUCUACAGCUCAUUCCCCGGACCGAUCGAGAGUUUCCGCAGCCGAUGCGAGCAUGUCUCUGGGCUGAUGUGGAAGCAUCAGUUGCUCCGAGAGGGCUUUAACGAGGCAACAGGUAACGAUCCACCGUACUCUACUGGAUUCUUUCACGCUAACUGCGCUUUAGUGUCCGAAAUCCAGACGAUCAAGCACUGGCUUGAACCGGAAGAUCCUGUGCUGGCAAAUGCCACCCAGAACGCCGCUCACCUGGCGCAGGAUCGGGAAGAGCUCACCUGUCUCUGGAUGACGCCUUACCUGACUCGUUUCCUGAAGAGCGACAAAAAGAUCUUGUCCAUCGCCGGCAAGCCUGGCUCCGGAAAGACGAUCUUGUCGUCCGUCAUGAUCGAUCAUUUGCAGUAUCCUAUCGGCGGCGUGAGCUACAAGCCAAUCUUCGUGCCCAUUAACAGCCGCGUGCCCGCCAAAACGACUCCCCAGGGUAUUGUCAAAACUAUCCUCUCCCAGAUCUUUGACAAGCGCAUCGGGAACGUGCGGCUGUACCAGAUCCUCGCCGAUGCGUACAAUCGCUGCGAGCAGGCGGUGGAGCCGGAGGACUACGAUAACAUCAUCUGGUCCGCACUGAAAAACGCGCUGCAUGCCAGUCUCCGCGGAGCAAAGGAGCUGGUUCUGGUGGUCGACGGGCUGGACGAAGCGUCCUGUGGCGAGGCUGCUCUCGUCCAGAGACUCAAACAGGCCACUGCGGACGCCGACAAUCUGAAACUCGUCCUUCUCGGUUCGCAAAAGUCGUCCACCAGUCCAAGCCAGACUGCCGUUAGCAUCACUCCCGAGCUGAUCUUCGACGACAUUGCAGCGGUGGUGCGCCAUGUCCUCGAGCCGUGUCGGUCAUUCAUGGACUUGACCGAGGAGCAGCGCGAGAUGACGGUCAAUCGUAUCACCGAGGCUUCUGACGGUUGCUUCUUGUGGGCCAAACUUGCCUGCAAGCAGAUCAGAGCGGAGGGCUCAACGAAUUCGCAGGCGCUGUCGAAGUCCGUGGAUAACCUCAUCAAAUCGGGAUACGCUGUCAAGGAUUUUGUGUCGAACACUCUGCGAAGCAAGACAGUGAGCGAAGACGCUAAGACUAUUCUUGGAUGGCUGGUCACCGCUGCUCGCCCGCUGGCCGUCUCUGAGUUGCCGGCGUUGUUCUCUGUUCAGCUGGACAAGGGCACCAUUACCGAGCGGACGGUCGAUGCUCGGCAGGUUUUGAAGCCGGUCAGCUCGCUGGUGUUCUUCCAGAACGGGCUGCUGUAUCUUCGUCAUGCUCAGAUCCGCGACGCGAUUAUGGACAUCUUCUCCCAGGGCAAGGUCCAGUCUUUCGUCAAGGAGAGAAAUACCGACAUGGCCCGUCGACUGCUGUUCUACACGAAGAACUGCAUCACCACCGAGCAUGAACCGACUUUGAGUCCCUUGGAUGCCGUGGACGCUGAGCGUCUAUUGGACCGAUACCCACUGCUCGACUUUGCCUUGCGGUACUGGAUUGACCAUGUCAAGACUGCCUUCGGCUGCACUGCAGACGAGGAGAUCACUGCGGCCGUCAAGCAGCUGAGCAAAGCAAUGCCGACGUGCAGCACUGUCCCGCUGUUGAGCAUGACGAUCUGGCAACCCAAGGCAACCCCCGUGCAGAUCUCGAUGAACGCCAUCCAGACCCGCUUCUACCAGCAGAUCCUGUCGCCCAGCCAUCCGACGACGCUGCAGUCCGUCCUAUGCCAGGCACUGCUUUACCGCAGGCUCCACGAGACCCUGCCAUCGAAGGUGUCUUGGAUUUUGUACGACGCAGUCAAGCUAUGCCAUGAUGUCCUCGGGCCUCGCAGUGUCGUCACUCUCCAGAUGGCGCAGUAUUUUAUCACCAUCACCGCCGACCAGACGACGGACUCGCGCACGGAGAUCAUGAUGAAGCGCGUCCAGGUCCUGCAGGUGCUGGUUGAAUGCUACAAGAUGCACUACGGUGAAAAGAGCGAAAUGGUCACGACUAUCGUCACCCAGCUAGCGGAGCACUACAAGUCGAUCAACGAGGUGAGCAAGGCGGAUGAGCUUUACGCCUCGAUUCAGGAAACCACUAGCGAGACUACUACCCAGUGGACCAACUCGCGCAAGACGGAUGAUUCCCUCCGGGUGAAUCUCCGAGGUCGCCAGACCAAGGACCAGUACGAUGGCGGCACGACCUUGAUCCUUGACGAGAUGGAGGAAGACGAGCUGAUCACGACCACCGCUGAAUCCCAUGCCGAGUCCCUCAUUAGCCUGGCGGAAGCAUACAAGUCCCAGGGCAAGAUGGAGCUGGCUGAGAGUGCCUACGUCGAAGUGUGGCAGCGCACCAGCAAGGAGUACCGCUCCAAUCGAUCGACCGAGUUGGAGCUGAAGAACAUGCAGGCUGUACUCACCUAUGCUCGGUUCCUCCAGUCGCAGGGCCGAAAGGAAGAGGUCGCCUCGAUCCUUGCCGGUCUCUGGCAGGAGCAUGACCAGAAGACAAUCUGCAGCUCCCAGGCAAUCGUCUCGCAGCUCGUGGAGGUCGCCAAGAUGAUGAAAGCGGUCGGUCUGUCGAGCAUGGCGCUGAAUGUGUUCAAGCACUGUGCGCAGUACUACGAAAGCACCAGCGGCUACCACAGCGCCGCGUACCAGGAGAUCCACGAGAGCGUGCAGACGACGUCGACGCUCGUGAUGCAGAUGGCCACCACGUCCAGCUCGUCCGUUUCCGAGUCCAGCCUCAAGGAUAUGGUGUACGAUUCGGUGCACAACAUGGAUGCCACCGCCAUCUCCGCCGCCAACACGCUGAUCGAGAUGUACAUUUCGCAGCAUCGCUGGCACGACGCCACGAGCCUGAUCAAGGCCGUGCUGCGGGGCAUCUGGCCGCAAUUGUUUGCCACAUCGGCGCAGGACGUGACGCUCCCGUCCAAGCAUCUGGACUACUGUAUCACGUUGACCGAGCGGCUGAGUGACUGCUAUCAUUCUCGGCGCCGGCUCGCGAAGGAAGAGGACAUCCGCCAUCGUCUCUACACGGCUCUGCGCCGGGACCGCCAGCCCGGCGACAAGGUCUUGGAGCGUGCCACCACGUCUCUUCUCCGUCUGUACCAGCGGACCUCCCAGACCGACAAGGUGAUCCAUCUGCACCAGGAGUUACUCGGCGACUACACCAAGCAAUACGGUGCCGAGCACCCUACCGUCAUCAAGAAGCUGUGGACGCUUGCAGAGCUCACCAGCCCGCGGCCAAUCUCGGUGGACUACUACCGGCAGCUUGUGUCCGUCCUGCAUAAGAACUCCAGCACUUGCCGCCCGGAGGCCUUCGAGCCGCUGUUGAUUGUGCUCAACGAUCUCUGGAAUAAGGAGCGCUACUCGGACGCCUUGCAGCCGUGUAAGAUGCUGUUCAACACGCUGAAGACUCCGAAGGUCAGCCCGAAACUGCGUGAGCAGCAGUUCGUCCGCAUGGUCUUCAACCGCUACAUGCAAUGCUUGCGUGCGACCCAUGCCAGCUCGACCGUGCUCCACGAUGUCGCUGUGCAGUACCGGAACACCUGCAAGUCGGUGUUCGGUGAAACUGCCUCCAUCACGGUGCAGUCGACGCUCACUCUGGCCAACAUCUGCCAGGAGACGACGCAGUACCAGAGCGAAGCAGUGCAGCUGUACGAGAGCCUUCUCACGAUCAAGUCCGACGAGAUCGACCACGAGGAUAUCCGCGGCAGCCUCGAGGCGAUCAGCGACAACCAGACCUCGAUCGGAUCGCAAAAGACGGAGACCCUCUCGACCGAGCAGUUGCAGCAGGUCAUCACCCACCGGAGCCAGCGCCUCACGACCAUACGGUCCUCGUACGGCUGGGCACACGAGGAGGCCUUGUCAGAGAUGGAAGAGAUGGCCUCGCUGUAUUCCAAGCGCGGCGAGUUUGUCGCCGUGGCCAGCAUGCUCAAAGAAUCGACCAUCCAGGUGUUGUCGACCGAGACCUCGUCCAUCCGUCUGACGGCGGCUGCAAAGAGCAUUGCGUCCAGCUACAUUGCAUCUGGUCAGAUCCAGCGCGGCCGUGAACUCUCCCAGGAGAUCUACCGGCAGAUUGUGGCCAAGGAUACGAGCAAUGCGCGCUCCGUCGGGUUCAACGUGGCAUCGCAUGGACGACCAACCCUUAUGUUCCUGGCCCAACUGGAAUACUGUCUGCGCGAAGACACUUCGAUCACCCUGAACGAGAUCUUCUCCUCGCUGAUCACCGAGUAUCUCUACUUUGAGCAAUUCCGCGCCGACAUCAACUCCAAGUCGAGCAGCAUGGAGAGCGUGACGGCGUCGGCUUCCCGUCUGUACGGCUUCCUGCUGUCCCGCGGCCGCAAGACGACCAUCGCCUGCGUGGAGAACCAAUUCGCCGAGUUCUUCCUCGCACGCGAGGGUAACCGCCUGCAACUGUCCAGCGCGACGCAGGUGCAGGAGCUGGCCGUGACGUUGCUCAACUACUUCACGACGCACACGUCGCAGAACUUCCUCCGCUCUGUCGCCAUCGCCAGUUACAGCCGCGUCUGUCAGCUCCUCUCCGAGCGCAAAUACCAGCCCGCCUGCGACCUCGCCCUGACCUCAUUCAAGUUCAUCCACGCCCACGACGGGUACACAUACCUGCCUACUCUUAAACUCGGCUUCAAGUUGGGCAUGGCGAUCUCGGGCCGCGAGCAGAAGACGCGCCCCGACGAAGUGCGCCGCAAGACGAUGCUGGACAUCUCGUCGACGAUCAUGAAGGAGAUGGUGCGGCUGUUCAAGCGGAUGAAGAUCGACAUGACACGGCUGGGGCAGGAGAACCUGAACAACCUCAUCGGCCUGCUGGACGAGCAGCAGGACUACCAGAGCCUGGCGUGGGUGCUGACGACCCUGUGGGACAACCGCGAGACGCCCGACACAGCGCAACCGUACUUUAUCAUCACGCUGGCGCGCAUGCUGAUCAUCACGCGGUACCUGGUGGGCGACUACAUGGCGGCGAUGCGGCUGGCCGAGGACAUUGUGUACAACUGCUGUCGCGUGCACGGCACCCGGCACCCGAACACGUUCGACAUGACGGUGCUGCUGUCGCAGCUGUAUACGAGCGUGGCGCAGCGGUACCAGUCGCAGCCGGAUGGAAAGGAGAUGGCAUUCCGGUACUAUAAGAAGGCGGCGGCGCUGCAUGAGAACGCGCUGCGGGCGUUUGUCGACCCGUCGUCGGUCGAGCUCGACUACGCCGCGGAGUUGGGCAUGGAGUCGGAAGAGGGCUCGUCGACGUCGACUGAGGCGCUGGAGGACGAGGGCAAGCAUGUCCGGCAGCAUCUGCAUCUGCUGAAGCUUGCGGUGGAGAGACUGGGUGGCUGGCCCAAGGACUUUUCGGAGUACCAGCGCCUCAGCGAGGACGUGUUCAAGGCGUAUCCGGAUGACCUGAAGGGAGUUGACGGCGUGGAGAAGUGGAAUCUGAAGAGCUUUGGCUCUGGAAAGGCCGAGUCGAGCGAUGAUCUUGUGUCUUCUGGAGUGCAGCAGGGCAUCUCGUUCAAUGUGCGCGAUCUAGGAGGACUCGCUAUUGCGGUGUAG